GUCUGAUGGGUUCAGAGCUGACGAGCACUGUGGUCUCCACUGUGGGAAAUGGCAGCUACAGCAACCACUGCACCUCCCCCGGGCUGCUGUCUCCAGGAGGAGUCUCCAAGAACAUGCAGGAUAAGAGUCCUCCAAUGAGCAUGAGCCGUAAGCCAGACCUUCGGACGCUGAUGCCCCCCUCCAACAAGUGCAACAACAUGCCAACCAUUUGUGAGGACUUUGAUCUGAUGUUGAACCAGAGAAUAAAUCACUCUCAGAGCGCUCAGACGCUGUCGACUCCUGCCGUGUCCAUCACUGCUCAGAAUCUACCUGGACAGGGGAUGGGCGGGUAUCCAUCCACACUCUCCUCUUCAUAUGGCACAGAGUUCUCCCUUGGCAACGACCUGUCCUCCCUGUCUGGGUUUGGAAGUUCUGGUCUUGGAUCAGUUACAAACUGGCAGCAGCAGCAGAUACAGAAUCUGCAGCACUCAGCACUCGGACACAUGGGAAACUUGUGUCAGAACUCGAACUUGAACCUCGUCGGCCACCAGCACCUCCACAUCAAGUCCGAGCCGGCUUCGCCUCCCAGGGACCGUGGCAUCGGGAUGAUCGGUGUGGGGCUCGGCGGAGGCGUGACCACAGCCGGAUACUCCGUCACAGGCCGGGGCCCCGGCGAGCCGGGUCACUCCCCCGGGGACAGCGCGUCCAGCUGCGGGAGCUCGUACGAAGGCAGCGAGGAGCGUGAGGAUCACCACGGGAACGACAGCUUCCUCCUUCGAUCUCUGUCCAGUCAGGAGGAGCAUCACAGCCCGUCAGUAAAGCGGAUGAGGCUAUCAGAGGGGUGGGCGACAUGAUGGGAGCCGGGCUGCAGCCAGAGGGGAGUUAGUAAAGUUACCUUAUAGUGUUAUUAUUAUUAUUAUUAUUAUUAUCAUAUUCUUCUUGUACUGAGUGGGUGUGCUAUAUGUGUAAUGGUAACAUGUACAUGAGGGGGAGUCAGACUGCUGUAUUUACAACAUGUACUGUAGCUGUACACUACAGGAAAGUGAUCAGUAUUUAUCAAACUUCUAACACUCAAAGAGUUCUUCACUGAAACUGAAGCAGUGUAACAUUUCUCAGGCGACUUCCCUUCGACUCACAGCGACGAGCCACAAUCAGCCAAUCAGAGACAAGGAUUAACCCAACAUCUGCCACAGUGCUCAAAAGAUAAACCCUCUCAUUUGGUGACAUUCGGCAAGAAUUAUUUAGUAUUUUAGUUCAUUUUCUCACAGAAAAACACAUCAAUCUAAUAUAUAUAUAUAUUUAUGAUGUGUAAGAGGCGAGGGCGUGCAAAAGGCUAGAAGAGGAAUAAAAUAUGUUUUAUUUUUGCUGUUGUGGCUGCAUUAAUGAGUAGCAUAUAACAGCUAAGUUCACCAUAUCAUCCUGAUUUUAUUGGAUUGUUUUUAUCUACCAAAAGUGUUUAACGCUGGUAAGAGGCGUCAAAUAAAUAAUAAUAAUUGGCUGAAAUGGAAAGAAAUCAUACUAUAAUGUUCAAUGAUAGCACUGUAGGCUAAAUCUGCCCUGUUCUACAUUAUAUACAUCACUUCUGAUAAAUUAUUACUGGUGUUUAGUCAGGGUUAGGGUGAAGGUUUUUGUGUCUUUCAGUGAAGUCCAGAAUGUUUUAGCAGUUUGAUAAAUCGGAGUCGAACUCGUACUCAAGCAGCUGGAGAGUCCGUCGGUGUACAUGCAUCGCUUGUUUUGUGUGUGUGUUCGGGAUAUAAGUAAAUAACAAAUAUGUUACAUGCACAUUGACAUAUGUGCACAUGUAUGCAAACUAACACAAAAAAGGUAAAAGUGAAGAAGUCUGGUACUCUGAAGCUACUGGUGAGUUCAAUAACCUUUUGGAGCCGUGAGAGCAGGCGUCCCGAGGCGAAGCGCUCGGUCCACGCCGUGUUGCAGGUUCAACAUAUUUGCGCACAUUUUAAAAAGAAUAAAUAAAAAAUAGCACAUUUAUAUAUGAAUGUAUGGAAGGUAAAGCGUGGCAAAUAAAAAAAGACAGGUAGAAAGAGAGAGGAAGUUCAGCAAGAGAGGGAGAGUAAUGAAGCUCUGGUGAGAGAGAAAUGGUGGCCGAGGAGGUUUUAGUGUGAGCGAGACGGACGUUUAUUUGCAACAGGUUGCAGAGAAAAAGACGCUUUGGACAAUUUUCACUUGAUGUGAAGACGCUUAUCAGAGUUAGUGAAUAAUUUUCAGAGCUGGGUUAGAAAAAAAAUUUGAUUUUUUUUAAGCGAAUGCAAUCCAGAUACACAACAGUACGGAAGCAAAGAAAGGCCGAAAUUAACCACAAAUUUUAUUUUUUUGGAUUCACAUUCUCGUUUACUGCCACAAAUACUCAAACAUGAAUUAAAUAUAAAUUAAAGUCUCCUAAAAACUCUUUUAUUAUUAAUUAUAUUGAUUAUAAGUAAUUAGUGAUGGAAAACUACAAAACAAAUCAAAAGAAAUAAAGUAAAAAAGCAAGAAAAGUUUAUUUAACAGCAACUUUCAACGACUAAAAAAUAAAAGGCAUUAAGACAAAAUAUAAAAGACACAUUUAAAUAGGAUUUAAAAGAGAUAAAUAAUAGUUAUAUAAAAAAAUUCCUAUAAUGGAAUAAAACGAGACGUUUUAAGGGAUGUUACUAAUUGUUGUUUGUAAAUUUGUAAGGUUUCAAUAUUUUACUUUGAAAACUAUCAAUCUGAAUUUUACGUGGAUUGAAUUUUAAAUUUAUUUAAUUUAAUUUAAUUUAUGAUUUUUGAUUUUUUUUUUACAUAUAUAUUUCAAGUAUUCAGAAAAAUGUCUUCAAUAGUGGUUUCAUAAUUAUAAUUUUAUUUUAUUUUUAGAGCUUUUUGCCUUUAUUUGACAGACUUCUCUAUAAUUGUAGUUAACUUGUGUUCUAUACUGAUGAUUGUUGCUAUACAAAUAAAAAAAAAAAGAGUUAUUAUUUUGGCCUUUACUUGCUUCCAUACAAAAAGCACCUGUGUCAUUUUCCAUUUUCAAAACAACUCAUCUGUGUUUUUACACAUCAAACAACAGUAAUAAGUCACAUUCGUACUUUGUGGGUGAGAAAUAAAACUUCCCUCAUGGCCUUGUUACACAGACAGAGUAAGCAUGUGCUGAUAGCUUAGCAGGAUUUAGUGGUCAGAGUGAGGAUUGCACUCCUAAAAAGCCAUAUCCAACCGGACAGUGAUGCUUUGCUGCACACAGUUUAUAGUGUUAUUGUUUUUUUUUUUUUGAAUAUUCCUUAUUAUAUCAAAUUGAUAUUCUUGGAUGUCCGCAGCUCUAUUUAAUAACAGUACAGAGUGGGGCACGACAUUUUCUAUCGAACAUUCAGGGAGAUUAAAGUUCAGCGGGUGUCAGACUCAACAUCAUAUCACGGUGACAAUCUGCUGUUUUCAACUCCGGCACAACUCACGUACAGCGUGUGCAGUGGUGGAAGACGUACAUUUACUUUAGUACCAAUACAUCCAUUACAAGUUAAAGACCUCCUGCAGACGUGUGUUUAAGACAUAUAUACAGAUAGUCUGCAUGGAAACAAUAAUGUGAUUUAAUUUAAAGUAUAAUUUUCACAUUAAAUUCUACCUCAUUAAAAAAUCCAGGAUCUAUGAAUAUGCAAAUUCAAACCCACUUUUUAUAUCUUCAAAUAGCUAUUUAAAACCAAACUUGGGUGAUAAGACGACUUAAAGUGACAGAAACCUUUUGGGAAAACAUUUAUUUUACCCAUCUGCUGACAUGGAGGCAGCCACCAGGGGGAGAUAGAGAGGUUUCAAUGGUUUAAACCUAGACUCUAAUUGUUGCUGUUUGACGUCUUUGGGCCUCAAACUGUUUUAAGUGAAACCCCAAAAAACAAAAAGGUUGUGAAAUCCUGGAGGGGCGGACAACAACAACAACACAUGUUUACAGCUGUCAGAUGAAUGCAGUGCAGUAAAAAGGACAAGAAGGAUCAGAUCAUUAAAUGAAAAUGCUCACAUUAAAGUAGAAACAGGAGUAAGUUCCCUUCCACCGCUGUAUGUCGGCUGUAACUCGAUAUUGUGGACAGUCAUUUGUGCCUUGUACCUAAAACUGGAUCUGACACCCCGCCACAAUAAGAGUCUGAACAGACUGAAGCUGACCGUUGUUUUGUUUUAUUUUAGAGGCAGAGAGGUGGCUGGGGGUUGUUCACAUUUGAAUAUUUUGGUUUAAAAACUGUAUAUUUGGAGCUCGGACCCUCGGCCGCGGUCCUCUGUGUCUGUUUGUGCCCCGUUUGCUGUAAAUCCAGCGACUAAAAUUCACCCAUUAGAACCCCUCUAGCUGUUGUAGUUGAAAGCGGGCAGAGCCCAGAUAUGUUUUCUUUUAUGAUGAUGUCUCCGGGUUGGUCGGCUUCCAGCUCAGAUUUCCUGCGCGCCCCCCCGCCCGACUCGUCAGUACAGCAGAGGCGGAGGACAGGAGGGCCAGGAGCUCGUCCUCAGGCUGCAGGCGGAGUGUAAACUAACCAAAGUGUGAAAUACCCUGUUUAUUUGUGUUUUUGGUUUGAUUCUUUAAUGAGUAACUGCCUGGACUUUGUCAAAUCUGUCAUCGACUUACCUCAAAUGCCCCUGAUGAAAUUAUUUGUAUUUGGCGACAUCGGUUGAAUGUCCUCUGUACUGUAAACGGGCUGUAUUCCCCCCUCUUUAUGUGCACUAGUGCUUCUAAUAAACACCAGUUAAAUAUUCUAAAGAGAUUGUUAGCGGCAUAAGCUGGCCUUUGUCGCCACUUGGAGACAAUGUUUCUCAGAAGAAAAAAGACGAGUGCACCUCUGUCGUCGCGGUCAGAGAUCAUGUACAGCGAUUCCCUCACUCAGAAAUGUGGUAGUAUUUGUAUUUUGCAGAAAAAAAUAUACAAAAAUAUACGGGCUCUGUUACAAACGUC